AUGGUUGAUGGUCAAGACCGCCGCGAACGCCGAAGGAACCGACAAGCCGGACUUUGGCUCCUUCCGAGCGGCCAUAUGACGAACAACCAGUCCACAUUGUCAUACACGGAAGAUGAUGGGGACCGGUAUCUCGUGAACGGUGACACCGCUAUUUCGAAGCUGGGCCCAGCAGAUAUCGGUGCCGUGAUGGGAAUUACAUCUUUUAUCACGAUAAAUAUAGUGCCCGUAGACCCCAAAGGAUACGCCAAAGCACUGCCCGAAUCAGCGAAACUAGACUUUGGCAACGAACAGACAGCUCGAUUAGAGGGGAUGAUUGACUUUCACGGCCUGUGUCAAAACCUUCAAAUCCAACGCAAUGUACAGAAUUCAGCAUACCAAACGAUCGUUCCCGCCACAGUCUAUCCAUCUAAGACUUACGCGACAUUGAUCAAUGGUGUUUAUGCCCCGUUGCGUGACAAGAUGGUUGAGAUUGAUAUGACUGCUAUCAUUGCGAAUGCAAACUGCGCUGCUCUCCUGACGAACGUGCGUGGAUGCACAGACAAAGCAGCUGAUUUGUCGCACAUCCCCGAGGGAAAGCUGUCGCAUGCGAUGGCCAGACUAAGGGAUGAAUCAGUCUCGAUUAAGUAUGUCGGCGAGCUGGUUAGGCGAGUGUCGAAUGCAUAUCCAUUUUCGCUGAAACUUGGAGAAACAUAUAUCAGGCUACCUCGACCGAUCAAAUUCGUAGGCCGGAUCGAGUUUGUUUUCAAGAACGGUAGCGAGGCCAUGGAGCUCUAG